AUGAUUAAGUGUUUUAAAAAAAUCAUCUCCUUCUAUUUAAACCGAAUCAACACCUUCAACGGAAUCCGGAUUGGUAGUGACGAGACAAUACUGGCGUUUGAGACGGGAAAUGAAAUGAAUUGGGGAUAUCAAAACGGGUCUGACGCUCAUGAUAGGCCUGCUCCGGCAAGCUGGACGAUUGAAAUCGCGCAGUUCAUCAAGUCACUUGCCCCAAAAACUCUAGUAAUGGAUGGCAGCUAUUCCCGCAACCCAGACCUAGCGUGGGAAGAAGAAACACUCGCUUCGCCGCAUAUAGACAUUUAUUCUUACCACUUCUAUGGGGAGGGUGACACUCAGGCUUAUCAUGCCCUGGAAAACCAGGUGCGGGCGCACGGGAAGACGUUCAUCGUCGGUGAACAUGGCUUUUAUGACAAAGUCGCAGUAUGGGAGGCAUUUUACAAAAAUGUCACCUGCCCUGGUGCUCUUGUCUGGUCAAUGCGUGGACAUUCCGAAAAUGGGGGCUUUGUCACGCACGGCGAAGGCAAUAACAUCUACAGCUAUCACGCUCCGGGAUUCAGGAAUCAGACCUCCGAGAACUUUGACACCCAAGAAGCCGAUGUCAUUUCUUUGACUUAUGAUGCCAGCUACAGAAUCCUUGGGCUGAGCCCUCCUCGGAAACCAAUUCCUGCGACCCCAGACGCAUUCCUCGUUAGCAAUGGCACACAUGCAGGUAUUUCAUGGAGAGGAGCAGCUUGGGCGCAGGAAUACCAAGUGCUUGGUGCUGUCUUCCAAGAUGCACAAUUUAGCAUUAUCUCAAGAUACACGCCCGACAAUUUUGACGACGGCCAACUUUUUGUACCACUCGAUCCCACGGAUCCCACGAAGCCCAUUCAUAUCAAAUUACCAGAACCGAUACCUCAUCAAUCACAUGCAGACAUAAAACCUCCUAUCACGUACCGGCGUCUGAUGCCCAUGACUGCCCCAGCCGGACAGAUUUCAACGAAAAACCGCGAUCUAAACCCCGCCGCUAACAACAGUUUUCCAUCCGGUGGUUGGUUCUCGACGAAAUUCGGCAAGAACGAAGCGUGUUUGCCUCUCAACGUUCUAACUAUGAUCCAAGCACGAGCAAGAUGCCUGAUAUGGGGGUUCUGUCUUUGGCGAUUAGCAAUAAGCUCAAUGAAAAAUGCGAGAGAACCCUUGAGUUUGCCUGCAGGUGCGCCGUUGAACGACACGCGCAGUGAUACCAAACUCGUCCGGAGAUACUUGCACAAACCCAAGUACACCUCGGCGCGUGGAUCUAGGCCUGGGUUUGUUUCAGCGCCUGGGGAUGGGCAUUUUUAUCUUGAUGGAGAGCUGUUUGAUUUCAGAAGCUUCAACACCCCUACUCUACUCAAUGGUGUGGAGUUUCGGGCACGCGAUCUAGUCGAAACGAUAUCAGCAUUUGGCAGCCCGGUUGCGCGUACAUACACGUUACAUGUGGCCAACAGCAUGUUUAAGGACGGCAAGCAAAAUCCGUCUUCGUCACACAUCCUUGGAUGGGACAAUUCCGCCAAUGAUUGGAUAUAUAACGAAACAAAUUGGAAGAAUAUAGACCAAGCGUUGGACCUAGCGCGUCAACAUGGUGUCAAGCUUAUAAUCCCAAUCAUCAAUCAAGAUUACGGCUCUGAUGAUUCCGACUGGGUCGGAAAUAUCAAUGAUUUGGUUCGACAUAGAUACAAUAUCCAAAGCUAUACCGUGGCGCAAAAGGCAGUGGAUUGGUUCACCGACUUCGAAAUGAUUAGGUGUUUUAAAAAAAUCAUCUCCUUCUAUUUAAACCGAAUCAACACCUUCAACGGAAUCCGGAUUGGUAGUGACGAGACAAUAUUGGCAUUUGAGACGGGAAAUGAAAUGAACUGGGGAUAUCAAAACGGGUCAGACGCUCAUGACAGGCCUGCCCCGGCAAGUUGGACGAUUGAAAUCGCGGAGUUCAUCAAAUCGCUUGCCCCCAACACUCUAGUAAUGGAUGGCAGCUAUUCGCGCAAUCCAAAGUUAGCGUGGGAAGCAGAAGCCCUAGCUUCCCCGCACAUAGACCUUUAUUCUUUCCACUUCUAUGGGGAGGGUGAGAUCCAGUCUUAUCGCGUCCUGGAAAACCAGGUGCGGGCGCACGGAAAGACGUUCAUCAUCGGUGAACAUGGCUUUUAUGACAAAAUCACAGUAUGGGAGGCAUUUUACCAAAAUGUCACCUGCCCUGGUGCUCUUGUCUGGUCAAUGCGCGGACAUUCCGAAAAUGGGGGCUUUGUCACGCACGGCGAAGGCCAUAACAUCUACAGCUAUCACGCUCCGGGAUUCAGGAAUCAGACCUCCGAGAACUUUGACACCCAAGAAGCCGAUGUCAUUUCUUUGACUUAUGAUGCCAGCUACAGAAUCCUUGGGCUGAGCCCUCCUCGGAAACCAAUUCCUGCGACCCCAGACGCAUUCCUCGUUAGCAAUGGCACACAUGCAGGUAUUUCAUGGAGAGGAGCAGCUUGGGCGCAGGAAUACCAAGUGCUUGGUGCUGUCUUCCGAGAUGCACAAUUUAGUAUUAUCUCAAGAUACACGCCCGACAAUUUUGACGACGGCCAGCUUUUUGUACCACUCGAUCCCACGGAUCCCACAAAGCCCAUUUAUAUCAAUUUACCAGAACCAAUACCCCAUCAAUCGCAUGCAGGUUGGAUUGACACCAAGUGGUGCCCCCCGGGAUCAUCAGCUCCAUGUGGAGACAUCCAUUUUGCCAAACAAGAGGACCUGAAACCUCGUAUCAACUACCGGCGUCUAAAGCCCAUGAGUCCCCCACCCGAACAGAUUUCAGUAAAAAACCGCCAACCAAAUCCCAUUGCUCAAAAGAGUUUUAUAUCUGGUGGCUGGUUCUCGGCGCACCUGGGAGAUAUAGAGUGA